UUACCGUUAUAUACUUAAAAACAAAUAACUAAAGACACUAAAUUUUAUUAGAUAUUUAUCAAGUAAUUUAUAAUCUAAUUUUGUGUAAAAGCCAUUUUAUUAUUAUUUAUUUACUUUUUUAAAAGAGUAUGUUUUUAUAUGUGAAAAUAUCUGAAAAUCAAUGAAAAUAGUUUUGUUUAUCAGUAUAUUUUUUUUUAAAACUGAAAGUUUGAAAUUUAUUAUAAAAUAUUAUUUUUCAAAUUUCUUUUUACAAUUAUAAUUUUUUAUUAUAAUAUUUUUUAUAUCAUAUAUAAAUAAUUUUUCUACGUAAGCCUCUGGUUCCAACCACUUCUCAAUCCCAAGAGAAUAAAAUAAACGUAACAUAUCCAGCACGAGCUAACCUACUUAAUUUGUUCAUCAAAACAUGACUUGCCAGCGAAGCCAAUCUACGGUCCCAUACCUUCAUCAUUUAUUAAUACUGCAACAACAAUACAAGAAACAGCAUUUUCUCUCUAUUUUUAAAAAUUUCUAAACAGAUCAAAACACCAUGGCUAUCACCGACGCUUCCACGGAUGAGCUCGGAAAGCCAGCCGUUAGAUUCUCCUCCGGUGGAUGGAAAUCGGCGAGGCUCAUCAUCUGUGUAGAAAUGGCAGAGCGAUUCGCUUACUACGGGAUAACGUCGAACCUGAUAACGUACUUGACGGGACCAUUGGGUGAGUCAACGGCUACAGCUGCGGCGAAUGUGAACGCUUGGAUUGGAACGAUGUCGUUUCUGCCGCUUCUAUGGGCGUUUGUAGCCGACGUGUUUCUCGGCCGUUUCCGUACUAUCAUCAUCUCGUCUUCUCUAUAUAUACUGGGACUAGGGUUGCUGUCGUUUACAGCCAUGCUUCCUUCCCACUCCAAAGAUUCGAAUCAGCUUCAAGUGACUCUCUUCUUCUCUUCUCUGUGUCUUAUAGCGAUAGGACAAAGCGGUUACAAACCGUGUAUUAAGGUAUUUGGAGCUGAUCAGUUCGAUGGAAAUGACCUAAUAGAGGCCAAAGCCAAGAGUUCUUACUUUAACUGGUUGAUGUUUGGAUGCUGUAUUAGCAUAUCAGCCACUCGCUUGGUCUCUAGCUACAUUCAAGAGAACCUAAGCUGGUCCUUAGGAUUUGGUAUCCCAUGUGUUUCCAUGCUACUUGCUCUGUUUAUCUUCCUCUCUGGAACCUCUUCUUACCGAUCUAGUACAGCAAGAGGAGCAAAGAAAAAACCUUUUGCUAGAAUCGGUCGUGUUUUCAUGGAGGCAGUAAAAAACAGAAGACAGCCCAAUUUAGAUAUAGCUAACCCUAACGAGACCCUCCUUCUCCUGCCUCACCAGAGUUCCAAGCAGUUCAGAUUCCUUGACAGAGCAGCGACUUCGUGUGGUAUGGCUGAAAUUGAAGAAGCAAAAGCAGUGCUUAGGCUUGUUCCCAUAUGGAUGAGUUGCUUAGUCUACGCCAUUGUGUAUGCACAAUCUCCAACUUUGUUCACAAAGCAAGGAGCCACAAUGGACAGGUCAAUCUCACCAGGACUCUUACUCCCUGCAGCUGCACUCCAAUGUUUCAUUAGCAUAUCAGUUCUCGUCUUCAUCCCAAUCUACGACUGUCUAUUCGUCCCAAUCGCAAGAUCCUUCACACAAAUCCCAUCAGGAAUCACAAUGCUUCAAAGGAUUGGUACUGGCAUCUCUCUGUCCAUUCUUGCUAUGGUAGUAGCCGCCUUGGUCGAGACCAAAAGGCUACAAACCGCUCAUGAUGACCUCACCGUACCAAUGAGCGUGUGGUGGUUGGUUCCGCAGUACGUUAUCUAUGGAAUGGCGGAUGGGUUCACAAUGGCGGGUUUGCAAGAGUUCUUCUAUGACCAAGUUCCUACUGAGCUUAGGAGCGUUGGUAUGGCUCUGAACCUAAGCAUAUACGGGGCUGGAAACUUUUUGAGCAGCUUCAUGAUAUCAGUCAUUGAUAAAUUCACGAGUGAGUCUGGUCAAACGAGCUGGUUCGAUAGCGACCUGACCAAAGCUCAUCUAGAUUACUUCUACUGGCUACUGGCUUGUCUCAGCUUCAUUAAUUUAGCCUUCUACUUGUGGUUUGCCAAAUCGUAUGUCUACAACAGAUCAAACACCUUCUAAAGCAUUAUCUUCUCUGAAGUGAGCUUUUUUCCCAUUUUCGAGAUGGACUUCAGAAACAACCAAAUCGAGAUUUACAUUCUAGCAUUAAUGAAUGAGGCCAAAUUUGGAGUUUCUUCCACAGAAUUACUACAACUCAAUUAGGAAAUUAAUCAUGUCC